AUGUCCUACCCCCCGCCUCCAGGUCACCAGCCUUCGUCGCUCCCUCCGCGACCACCGCAAUCCGCAAGCACAAAUUCACACUAUGGGUCGAACAGUGGACAUGGCGGGAACACCGCGCGACCCAGCUUCAGCGCCGCUACAGCAUUUGCACCUCGUGCCGUAGCGUCUCAGCAACCAUACCGCACCAGCAGUCCAGUCGUUUCGGCUGCGCCGACUACACAAAGCGGCUAUUCAACCCCUGCCACAACCGGCUACGGCAACUACUACUCCCAGCCGGAACCGUCGUACCAAGCGGCGCCAUCAUACUAUGGCUCAGCACAGUACAACAACACACCCAGCUACGGCCCGACCGUACCUCACAUCCAAAACCCUUUCGCUCCAUCGGGCAACGACCAGUCAAACCGAGGCCGAGGUUCCGGUCUUGACCCCGAAACAGAAGCGCAAAUCGCGCAAUGGCAAAGCGCCUACGCCAACCCCAAGGAUGAAAUGGCUGCGAUUGGCAAACCCCCGAUCCGCCGGGAGGCAACCGGCACUCCUGGCGUGAGCACAACCGUUUACACCUCCUCCGGCAGCACGCCCGCCGCCAACACACCCGCCCCCAUCGUAGGAGCCGAGCCGCAAAAGACCGUUGCUCGAUCCGGCGGUGGCCAAAGCUGGAGCGACUCAACGCUGCUGGAAUGGGACCCCGCGCAUUUCCGACUGUUUGUCGGUAACCUUGCAGGCGAGGUUACCGAUGACUCGCUCCUGAAAGCGUUCGCAAAAUACCCAUCUGUCCAGAAGGCGCGCGUGAUCCGCGACAAGCGCUCGCAGAAGAGUAAGGGGUACGGAUUCGUUAGUUUCGCCGACGGCGACGACUACUUCAAGGCCGCGAGAGAAAUGCAGGGCAAAUACAUCGGGUCGCACCCCAUUCUUCUCCGUCGCGCAACGACCGAGGUCAAGCCGGUCUCAAACAAGAACAAUAGGAAGCAUGGUGGGAAGGGAGGCGGCUCAGGGGGUAACCAGGGCUCGAAAGUGAGGCAUGACGGAAUUAAAAAGCCCGGCAAGACCAAGGGUGGAUUGAAGAUUCUGGGGUAG